AUGGGCAAAUGGGCGAAGUACUCGAGGUCCUACAAGAAGGAAUGGGAGAGAGACCCAGAUUUCAAAGAUUGGCUGAUGCAGUCAUCGUCUGGAGACAUGGCAUAUUGUCGCGUAUGCAAGGCCGAGCUACGGUCACAUGUGCAGGACCUGAAAGCCCACAAAACCAGGGCAAAACAUCAAAGAAACAUGCAGCUUGCUGCAGCAGCCAUUCGACCUGGACCACUGUACAACUUCGUUCAGUUGGAGCUCCGGACCCAGAGCCAGCAAGCAAAUCGCCAACUCAAGACGGUCGAGCUCCGCCUGGCUGCCCAUGUUGCCGUCCACAGCUUGAUCAUGACGGCAGACCAUCUGACUCCCUUGCUGAAGAACUGCUUCAAGGACUCUGUGACUGCGGCUGCCCUGUCUAUGGGCUGCACGAAAUGCACAUCGCUCAUUACCAAGGUACCUGGACCAACAUUUAAAGAAAUUAUACUCAGUGACAUGAAGGCGUGCAAGUACUCUCUUCUACUUGACGAGAGCACAGAUGUGUCUGCCACUAAGGAACUCGCUGUCGUGUCGAGGCACUAUUCUAGGAAAACAAACUCUUUUUGCACGUCAUUCUUGGGCCUUGUGCCUAUUUACGACGCGACGCCUGGAGGCUUAUUUUCGAGUUUAAGUAGAUUUCUUUCAUCCUGUGACCUCGCUCUAGAAAAUUGCGUUGGCAUUGGCACUGACGGCGCUAAUGUUAUGUGUGGGCGAAACAACAGCCUGUUCACUCGCAUGAAAGAAGUUAACAGUGGCCUAAUAUUGGUUAGGUGCGUUUGUCACUCGUUGCACCUUGCGUGCAACGAAGCGGUUUCUGUUUUGCCCACACAAGUUGAUUUUCUUGUACGUGAAUGCUUCAACUGGUUCGCUCACUCGCCUAAACGGCAGCAGGAGUAUCACGCUGUGUUCGCUGCCAUCAAUUCUGGUGACAGGCCCAAGAAUUUAGUCGGGCUGUCUGGCACGCGGUGGCUUAGUAUUGCGGGCGCCAUUCGUGCGGUCCUUGACCAAUGGGUAGAAUUGAAGACUCAUUUUGAGUUUGCAAAAACAACAGAGCGCUGCUAUACAGCUAAAGUGCUUAGCGACAUGUUCAAUGAUGACCUUAACCUGCUGCUGUUGAAGUUCCUCAGCCCUAUCAUUGACGAGUUUGACCGCAUAAACAAAUUGUUUCAGAGCGAGAAUCCGGACCCGUCUAAGUUGUACAGUGACUUGCUGUCGUUCGUGAAGUGUCUGAUGUUGCGUGUCGUCUUGCCCAAUCAUGCGUCGCCCGGAUCGGACUGGGAAGCGCACAUCAUGCACGCUCGAGGCUGUGACAUGGGCGGAGUGUUUCGGGAUAGUCUAGAAAGGUCCACUCUCUCUGAGGAUGUUAAGACUGGGUUGUUAGAGCGAUGUAGGCAGUUUCUUGUGGAAUGUGUUAAAUCAGUUCUCAAGCGAUUCCCUUCAAAUAUGAGCGUUCUUGAGAACCUCCAUCUUCUGCGGUGCAGCUAA